CUAACAAUUUCAACGGAAAGAGUUCGACCAAAAAAACACUCAACUGGGGAAAAGAGAGAGGGACUCCCCUCCGGUGAGUUAGUUUAUUUGGGGAAACAACGGCGAGGAAGUGGCGGGAUAGCAAGGGAGGAGAGUCGGGAAGGUGGGAGUUCUCAGGACAUUGAUGAUCGUCCCUGCCUUGCAAACUGUUACGGUUCUGAUGAUCCAUUAAUUGGCGUUGCUAAAAGUAAAACCCAGUUGGAGAAAAGGCUCUAAUGCGCACAUACUCUUUCGUUACCUCGCUCUCUCCCUUCCGCCUGUCCAACAAUCACCCAAUGCUCAACAGUGGAACUUGGGUGCCCAUUUCUUUGCGUCAAAUUUUCAGGUACUUCGGUGAUUUUGGCUGUGGGUUCUGACGAUCGCCAUGAUUCGUAGCACGCGUAGGCUUUCUUCCUUAUUGGUGGGUGAUGGAUUUUUCCUCGGAUAAUUCAUUUUGAUUGUUCGGUUUCUGGUUUUUUUCACUUUAUAGUCUUUGGUUGGCAAGGAAAAUGGUGAUUCAUGGGUUUCUUUAGAUUAUUUUAGGAAGAGAGAGGGCGGGGAAUGAUUAGAGGAUCAAUUACUUGAUAGCGAGAGAAGAAUGGGAAGAUUUAGCGAUGGCAGAAGGCUCUGGCGAUCAGGAACAAAGUGGGGGCUGUACUUUUGGUUCGCAGUAACGUGUGUACUUGGAAUGGGUUUGGUGGGAAGGUAUUGAGGUUAUUGCUGUUGAAGUUAACGGGGGUUGUCUGAACUGGGUUGCUGUUUCAUGCUCUGAAUUUCCGGCUUUAGGGUUCAAGUGAGGGCCUGAAAAUUUUGUAUGAAUAUAGGCAGGAUCAAGCAUAUGAAGUGAGAUUCUGAGGGUAGUUUGAUAGACUGAAUGUUGAUAUCAGGGAGGGUGCUAGGGAUGAAUUCUGCAAUGGAUGAGAUAAAUCUUUUGCGGCAAGCGCAGAGACAUCCAUUAGUUCGUGAAAUCGGGGAAGAAAUCGACUUGGAAAUAGGGCCCGGCGACGAUGAUCCUUCCUUUGCUCACGCGCCGCUUGUGGACGUCCCUCAGGAGCCUACUUCCGAAGAGCAGGAAGAUCACAAGCAUUUGCUCAUGGCUCCCGGGCAAGACCAAGAGUUGGUUAGGCUGCAGCAAACCAAGCGGAAGAAGAAGGUGGUGAAGAAAUGGAGGGAAGAAUGGGCCGAUACGUAUAAGUGGGCUUAUGUGGAUGUAUUUGAGGGAACAACAAGGAUAUUCUGCUCAGUGUGUAGGGAGUAUGGGAGAAAGCAUAGGAGGAAUCCGUACGGGAAUGAGGGCAGUAGAAAUAUGCAGAUGAGUGCGCUCGAAGAGCAUAACAAUAGUUUACUUCACAAGGAGGCGCUUCGUCUCCAACUUGCCUCCAAAGAUAAAAACCUUGCAACUGUAGAAAGACCAGUUUAUGUCAAAGCUCUAAUGUCCAAAACUGCUGGAUCCAUUGUUGAAGCAGUUCUGAGAAGAGAUCCUCAUGAAGUUGAAUUCAUACAGUCAGUUCAAGAAGUGGUUCAUUCCCUAGAGCCCGUCUUAGCCAAGAGUUCUCAGUUUGUCCACAUUCUGGAACGCCUACUGGAACCUGAGCGGACCAUUGUGUUUCGAGUCCCAUGGGUUGAUGAUAAGGGAGAGACACAUGUAAACCGAGGAUUUCGUGUACAAUUCAGCCAAGUAUUGGGCCCUUGUAGAGGCGGUCUUAGAUAUCAUCCAAAUAUGAAUUUAAGUACUGCCAAGUUUCUUGCAUUUGAACAGACAAUGAGAAAUGCUUUAUCACCAUAUAAACUUGGAGGUUCUGGUGGUGGAAGUGACUUUGACCCAAAAGGAAAAAGUGAAAAUGAGAUCAUGCGCUUUUGCCAAAGUUUUAUGGAUGAACUAUAUCGUUAUCUGGGCCCUGAUCAGGAUCUUCCUGCAGAGGACAUGGGUGUUGGUCCUCGGGAAAUGGGCUAUCUUUUUGGGCAAUAUAGACGCUUGGUUGGCCACUUCCAGGGAAGUUUUACAGGCCCAAGAAACUUCUGGUCAGGAUCCAGUCUCCGGACAGAGGCUACUGGUUAUGGACUGGUCUAUUAUGCACAACUUAUUCUAGCGGAGAUGAAUAAAGAUCUCAAAGGACUAAGAUGUGUUGUCAGUGGCUCUGGAAAGAUUGCAAUGCACGUCUUGGAGAAACUUAUUGCCUUCGGUGCUAUCCCAAUUACAAUAUCAGAUUCAAGAGGCUAUUUACUGGACGCAGAAGGUUUUGAUUAUGUUAAAUUUCCACUUUUGAGAGACAUAAAGGUUCAGCAAAGAAGCUUGAGAGAUUAUGUAAAGUCAUAUACUCAAGCAAAGUACUUUGAGGAUGCAAAACCUUGGAGUGAGCGGUGUGACCUUGCAUUUCCAUGUGCAUCACAAAACGAAAUGGAUCAAGCAGAUGCAUUAGCUUUGGUUAAUUCUGGUUGCCGUAUCCUGAUAGAAGGUUCAAACAUGCCAUGCACUCCACAGGCUAUAGAUGUGCUCCGGAAGGCCAAAGUCCUGGUUGCUCCAGCAAAGGCUGCAAGUGCAGGAGGGGUUGGUGUAGGAGAACUUGAAUUAAGUCAAGACUGUAGUUCAAUACACUGGUCGCCAGAGGAGUUUGAAAGUAAAUUACAGGAAUCCAUGAAGCAGAUCUACCAGAAAUCUGUAAAAGCAGCCAGUGACUAUGGAUUCAUGAAAGAGAACCCAGAGGCUUUGGUUCAUGGGGGGAAUAUCUCUGCUUUCCUCAAUCUUGCUCAGGCCAUGAUCGAACAAGGAUGUGUUUGAUGGUUAACUAGAAGCCUUUGCGAAGGAGUAGAAUAUUGUUGUUCAGUAGUAACUUUGAAAAACUGGAUCGCUUUGUUCUGCAUCCGUGGAUGGACUUCGACGGCCAGCAUCCUGCAGAGCAGAUUUGUUGUGGAGCAUUUGUCUAGUAGCCUGUUGAGCAAGAGAGCUCUGGUUGUUUGUAAAAUAGGCGCAUGUUUAGUAGAAGUGUAAUUUUCCCCAUUUGAUAAAUAUUUGUUUAAGAUAGAAAAUGGCCCCAUGUAGAAAGAUUAGGUGGAUCAUUUUCUAUUUGAUACAAAUCACUGUACUUGUCUAUCUGCCAUGAUGCGUAUGGCAUGAAUAAGAUGAUAAUCCACUUUCUUGUAACUUUAUAUAUGAAAAACUGGAGUCCAGCCAUUCAUCUUCAAAA